AUGAGGAUUCGUAGUGCUGCACGGCCAUGUAUGGCUGUUAUCUUGAUCUUGCUGCUUGUACUAGUCAUCGUUCAACAUCGCAGACCAUCUAGAACUAGAGCUUUUAGCGGAAGUAACGCAGGUCUUUCAGAAGAAGAAAUGGACCUUCUCGAUUCAAUCAAAUUCGAGGAUUUAGAAAACAUUCUACCUAGCUCUGUGAAACACAAAACUGCGAUAUUGGUCGUAAUCGAAGUGGAAACUCGACCUGCUUUUUACGGUCACGCUUUGACAUCCGUUGCAUGCUAUGCUCGCGCACAAAACUAUGAAUUCCGUAUACUUUUUCCCACGAAUUUUUCCAAGGAAUGCCGUCAUAAAGAUGUCUACCUUCGACGUCAUUGCGUAGUGGCACACAUUCUUCCUCAGUACCAUACAAUUCUCUACAUCGACGCUGAUAUGGGCGUGGUGAAUCCAAAGAAGAGAAUUGAGGAAUACAUGGACAACGACGCCGAGAUAAUCUUCUUCGAUCGCUUUUAUAAUUGGGAAGUUGCUGCUGGGUCGUACAUAGUCAGAAAUACGCAAUGGACCCAGAAAUUCCUCAAAGAUCUCGCCGACUAUGAGCGUCGGUUACCGCGGCAAUACCAUGGAACAGACAAUGGAGCACUUCAUGCUUUGCUCGGCGAAGUUUUGUUUGGUGAAGAUAGGAAAUCCGAGCUGAAUUUCUGCUUGCGUAUCUACUACAACCUACUUAUCCCUGAAGACCUUUUCACAUUUGAGGCGUGCAUUCGUCAAAUGCUGGGAAUGAACAACAAGUGGGGAAAAAUCAAAAUACUGAAGAAGGGGACUGCUUGGGUGAGAGACAACUGGAUGACGAACACAAAAUGGUCGCCAGAGAGAGAUUUUAUGAUGCAUAACUGGAAAAUAACUCAACUGAGGAAGUAUAUGGGUUCUGAUUUGCCUCUCAUGCUGCAUGGCCCUUCAAAAGGAGAGUGGUUUCUGCCCUUUCUUGGAAUGUUUCGAUUAGAUUUGUGUACUCCAGGCAACCUCACUUGGAACUACGAUCCUAAUCUGAUAGAGACUACAGCAAAAAUCGAACGAAAGCUGCAAUAUCUUUAUGAUAGAAUAGAAAGAGAUAGAAUCAAAAGUUUAGCGAGAAUGAUAGAAUAUUUAUGA